GUAACGUGUAAACAGAUGGCGCUUUGUGUAAUAACUGCAUGAUGUUUAUCUGAUGAAUUAGUGAGCGGAGAGAGGAAUGAAUUAAAGUUACUGUUUCGGAAACACACACAGAGAGAUUUAUUUUCAUCCUCAGAGCGGGACAUUUUAUUUUCACUGCGUUUUUUAAAAAGAUUUAUGAGUUAAAAGUCUCACACAGUCAGCUUUAUAGCUGCAGAAUGGCUGAUGAGGAUUUCUGCACUUCUCUGGCCUACAACAAAAGUCCUAAAACCUCCAAAAGAACCACUUUCCAGGAUGAGCUGGAAGCAGUGGUUAAUCAGAGAGCUGUCAGGAACAGAGCCUCUCAUUUUAACUCUAAUUAUCAUGAUGAUGAUGAUGAUGAUGAUGAUGGUGGUGGUGGUGAUGUCCUUAAAGAGCUGCUGAAGACGAGGAGGAAGAAGAUGGACAUGUUCAAAGCCUCAAGAACAAAAACCUCAAUCAAUGACUUUAAACUAUCAGACGAUGAGGAGGAGAACAUCAGACCUAAAAAAGUCUCCUUCCUGAAGAGCCAGAAAAACUCUGACACUCUCAGAUCAGAUGCUUUCAAAUCUGACACCCUCAGAUCAGAAACUCUCAGGUCAGACAGUCUCAGAUCAGGCACCCUCAGAUCAGACACCCUCGGAUCAGACAGAUCUUUAAUUUCUCACCAAAGUGUUAACGAGGCUCAGAGUCUAGACAGAAGUCACCAGGACUCACAGUUUACCUCACACUCUGAAUCACCUGCACAACAGAACUGCCAAUUGGAGUCUCCAUCAGUGAGAAAGAGCCAAUUAGAAUCCUCUUCCUGCAGGAGAAGCCUAUCAGAAGCACCCUUGCCUCUGUAUUCAGAGAACAGCCAAUGGGAAUCCAGCUCUGAGUGUGUGUUAGAGGCCAUGCCCCCGACACCUGCCCCCCGUCAGCGAGCUCCUCUCUCAGCUAUCAGUGGACAUGAUGAAAAGGAUGGACGAACACACACUCCAUCCAGCAGAGCUGCUACGUCGCCUGUGACUAACACCAACACCUCCAUCUCCAUGUCCUCUCAGACCGCAGGGAAUUCUGGGAGUGGCGAUGGACAGGACGGUGUGUCUGUGACGGUGAACACACACUCCGGGUCACUAGAGGGCACUGAGAGCACAGAUUUCUCAGCAGCAGGACAGAGAACACAGGAAGAAUAUCAGCUCGGUUCUGAAGUCUCUCCACUAACAGACAGUGAGAUGUCCACCACAUGGCCAGCCAGAUAUUUAUCUUCUCAACCAGGAAGCUCCAGAAAGUCCAGGAGCAUCCCAUCUUACACAGCAGAGUCCAGAUAUCUGGGGACGUUAAAGGUUCUGGAGCAGAAUUUGUCUUUUCAGGAGACAGGAUUGGACUCUGCUGAUUCUCUAAGAGCCACUGUUUAUCAGGACUGGUUGAAGAAGAAAGAAGAGAAACUGCAGGAGACUUUCAAAGCUAAAAAACAAGAAGAAAAACUGAAAGAGGAGAAAAAAACAGAGGAGGAGACGAGUAAGAAAUCCGAAGCUAAAGCCUCUUAUGACGCCUGGAAAGAAAAGAAACGUGAAGCUCUGAGAAAGAAGAUCAGAGAAAAACAGGAGGCGAUGAGAAAACUGCAGAAAGAGAUGGAUGAUAAAGAGGAAAGGAAAGAAACAGCAAAACAGCAGGUUUUUGAGAAAUGGAAGCGAGAACAAGAUGACCUACUUCGUGAGAAGCUCCAAAAACAGGUGCAGACUGAAAACAGGCUGAAAGAAAAAAAAGAGAAGGAGAAAGAGCAGAGGAAAAGAGAGAGCAGUUCUUUAUUCGCUCAGUGGAGUGACAGGAAGAAGGAGGUGAUUGAGGAGAAGCUGAAGUCUGAACGCAGGAAGAAGGAAAUAAAAGAGAUUGAAGAGAAAUAUGAGAAGGAAGAAAGAGAAAAGAUGGCACUGGAGAUGUAUGAAAAAUGGCUGAGAAAUAAAGAGUUUCAGCAGAAACAAGAGCGAAGAGAAAAAAAGACGAAGGCGAUUGUAGUGGAGGAGCCGCCGCCCCCGUGGAGCCCCCCAAACAGAACCGUCCCGUUUGGCAAAUAAUCCUCACCGGCCACUUUAGUAGGAACAACUACACAUCUGCUCAUUCAUUAUACAUCGCGCUGCUACCACUUCGGCCGAUCAUGUGUCAGCAGCGUAAAUCAUAACAUCAUGCAGAUACAGCUCGGUGGAUGUUGGUGCCAGGUGGGCUGGUUUGAGUAUCUGAGAUUUUACCUGGUAUUUUCACACACAUCAUUUUCUACAGUUUACAGAGAAAGGUACGAAAAACAAAAAACAUCCAGUAAGCCUUGAUUCUGUGGGUGGAGACGCCAUGUUGAUGGAAGAGAUCAGAGGAGAAUAGCUGACAGGAAGUCUAUAGAAACUCAAAUAAUCACUCUUUGCAUCCGUGGUGAGCAGAAAAGCAUCUCAGCAUGCACAACACAUCAAACCUUGAGGUGGAUAGGUUACGACAACAGAAGACCACAUCAAGCUCCACUCCUGGCAGAAAAGAACAGGAAUGUGAUUCUGUCAUGAGCCCAGACUCACCCACACUGGACAGGUGAAGAAAAACAUCAGCUGGUCUUUAUCUAAUCUUUAAAUGUCCAGUUUAGGAUGAUUUUCACCCAUUCUGAUGUUUGAUGUGAACAGUAACUGAAGCUCUUGACCUGAAUCUGUAUCGUUUUACACACCGUGCUAUACCACAUGAUUAGCUAUGUAGGUGUUCCUUAUAAAGUGGCCAGUGAGCAUAGCUCUGCAGGAGCACUGAUGGAUCAGCGUGAAGGUGAAUCUGACAGUAAUAACAGGAGCGUGCGCUGCUCAAUGUCUGAUCUAAUUAUAAAUCUGAUUAAUGUUGUUGCAUUAGUGUGAGUCUGAUAAGCACUUUAGCGGAAGAACAUUAACUGAGAGCUGCAGCGUGCUGCCGAAUAUCAUCUAUUACUCAUCUUUAAAAGAAAUUUCUAAAUGUUUCUUUCGUGAUAUUUUUGUUUCCUGAAGUUGUUAAUAAGUUUAAUGUCACUUUAUUGUGUACGGUUUUGUGUGUGUCACCGUCCAGCUACACAAUAAACUAUACAUUAUUUAUUAA